AUGUGGGGAGAGCGGAGAGGCGGCAGCUGCGCUCCCGCGAGUGCCCCCCGCGCCGUGCCGCCGCCGGAGAUGGAGGGCGCUGAGCUGGAUGCUGGCCGCGGCCCCACUCCCCAGCGCUGCCUGUCCUGCGGCUCCCAGCCGGGCGCCGGCAAGGGAGCCGCGGCCCUGGAGGAGCCCGCAGAAGAGGCUCCAUCCUCCGAGGUGACAGCGGCGCCGGAGCUGAGGAAACAGCAAGGGGUGAAGAGGCAUCACCACAAGCACAACCUGAAGCACCGCUACGAGCUGCAGGAGACCCUGGGCAAGGGCACCUAUGGCAAAGUCAAGAGGGCCAUCGAGAGGUUUUCUGGCAGAGUGGUUGCAAUAAAAUCCAUUCGUAAGGACAAAAUUAAGGAUGAACAAGAUAUGGUUCACAUCAGACGGGAGAUUGAAAUCAUGUCAUCCCUCAGCCAUCCUCAUAUCAUCACUAUAUUUGAAGUGUUUGAAAAUAAAGAUAAGAUUGUGAUAAUCAUGGAGUAUGCAAGCAAAGGGGAGUUGUAUGAUUACAUCAGCGAGAGGCGGAGGCUGAGCGAGAGGGAGACGAGACACUUCUUCCGGCAGAUUGUCUCCGCUGUACAUUACUGUCACAAGAAUGGUGUUGUCCAUAGGGAUUUAAAACUGGAAAACAUCCUUCUUGACGACAAUUUUAACAUUAAGAUUGCAGACUUUGGUCUUUCCAACCUCUAUCACAAAGACAAGUUUCUGCAGACCUUUUGUGGGAGCCCACUGUAUGCUUCCCCAGAAAUUGUUAAUGGAAGACCCUAUCGAGGCCCAGAGGUCGACAGCUGGGCCCUUGGUGUAUUGCUUUACACUCUGGUUUAUGGAACGAUGCCCUUUGAUGGCUUUGAUCACAAAAAUCUGAUCAGGCAGAUCAGCAGCGGAGAAUAUCGUGAGCCAACACAGCCCUCAGAUGCUCGUGGUCUGAUCAGGUGGAUGCUGAUGGUGAAUCCUGAGCGCCGAGCAACCAUCGAAGACAUAGCCAAUCACUGGUGGGUUAAUUGGGGCUACAAGAGCAGCGUUUGUGACUGUGAUGCCUUGAGAGACUCAGAGUCCCCGCUGCUGGCUAGGUUUAUUGAUUGGCAUCACCGUUCGACGGGUCUCCAGCCAGAGACUGAUACCAAAAUGAAGUGCCUUUCCAAACCCAAAGGUUCCGAAGUUACGCUGGAGCGACAGAGGUCCCUGAAAAAAUCAAAGAAGGAAAAUGACAUUGUGCAAUCGAUCCAGGAAGGAGGGGCUGAGAAUGCAUCCAAACCAACCUCCAAGAGGCCCAAAGGAAUCUUGAAGAAAAGGAGCAACAGUGAGCAUCGGUCUCACAGUGCAGGAUUCAUUGAAGGAGUGGUCAACCCAGCCUUACCCUCCGCUUUUAAGAUAGAGCAAGAACUGUGUAGGACUGGUGUUGUCAUUAAGAGUGCCAUGGAGGGAGAAAUAGCAAGCAAAUACGGCACUAAAGCGUCUUCCCUCAUGCCAAAAAAAGGAAUCUUAAAGAAGACUCAGCAGAGAGAGUCUGGCUACUACUCUUCUCCAGAACGAAGUGAAUCUUCUGAAUUGUUGGACAAUAAGGAUGAGACAGAAAACAGUGACACUUCCCCAGGCAUCACUGAAACAUCAAGAAUUGGGUCUCAUAGCCAUUCCUAUAGACGUAAGGGCAUCUUAAAACACAACAGCAAGUAUUCCACCAGCAGCAUUGACUCUGCUUUGGUCAGUCCUGAAACACCGAUGGUGGAAGCCAUGGAAGAAGGGGUCCUGCCUGGGGAUAGAUUAUCUCGAAGUUACAGUCGCCCUUCUAGUGUGAUUAGUGAUGACAGUAUUUUGUCCAGUGACUCCUUUGACUUGCUAGAUUUGCAAGAGAGCAGGCCAAACAGGCAAAGGAUACGGAGCUGUGUCUCUGCUGAAAACUUCCUCCAGAUCCAAGAUUUUGAAGGACUCCAGAACCGCCCACGCCCACAGCAUUUGAAACGUUAUCGAAAUCGGCUGGGGGACAGCAGUUUUUCCCUUCUCACGGACAUGGAUGAUGUGACUCAGGUCUACAAGAAAGCUCUGGAGAUCUGCAACAAGCUCAACUAG